AAGCCCGAUGAAGACACUUGGGAGACGUGGCUGGUCUGUAUGGACUCCACCAAGCCCUAAUCGAGCUUCGACGUUUCGGCACAGACGUGGCUCGCAAUGCAAUUCUCUUCUCAAAUUGCGUUGGAAUUGCCCGUCCCAGGAAUGCUUCUUUCACUGAUGUCUUUGGUAUUGCUGCGGAGCCGGUUUUGUUGAGGUUUUCGGAGGAGAUCGUCGUUAGUUGCAUUGUUGUGCGUAUCGUCUCUCUGCGUUAGUUGUAGAAUUGUUGAGCUCUGAAGUUAAUUUAGCAUUCGCUCCAGUUUGAAUGCGUAGGUUACAGUGCGGGAAAACCGAUAUGUCAGGAGUUCAAUUCUAUUCUCUUUGGUGUUUUAGUUCAAGAUGGAGUUAGGAGCAUUCGUUGUCUGAUAUUUUGUAGUGGUGUGAAGUGCGUCCUUUAGCUUUCCGUGUAAUUUUGGAUACUUAUAGCAGCAGUACGAGGAGUUUUUACCACUAGAGUGAGGACAGUCCUAGAACUGAAGUGUUGGAAAACUUUCAUGCGCGUUAGUUGCACUGCGUGCGUGAAUUACUUGUGCUUGGAGAUUUUUACGCAUUUUUGGAAGUGUCAGAAGCAUUCGGUUCACGAUGUCGCACCUUCAGGAAUUGAGUAAAGUAGCGUCGGGUUUGGCGAUGGUUGUUAAGGAGUCCAUAAAGUCGGCUCCAACGCUUCGACCAGGUAAUGUUGGCGGUACGGCUUUUGAUAUUCUGAAGGCAGUGACGGGUACGGUCACAGACCUCACUGGACUUACCCAAGGGCGUGUUAAGGAAGUGAAAAAUCGUGAAUCCUUUCAUCUACAUGAAAAGCAAGAUCGGGAAAUUGCGGGAGCUAGAGAUGUGUCUUCAACAAAUGUACCCACAUCAGUUGCAGCUGGUGGCAGAGACUCUUACUUGCUCAAUACGCUUGAUAGUUUAGGGCCUCCACGCAAUCGUGUGCCAUCUGCUUCAAGUCGAACGGAAGAAUCGCUGUCAUUGGUUAAUGAGCAAAUACUGCCAUCCGUGCCUGAGACUCCUUUGUCUAAACCUCUCCAUAAUUUCACUCCAGUGAAUUCCAAUGGUUCCCAUAAGUCUCCGGCUUUGGGCGGAGCCGGGAUUCCUAUGCAAGUGGCGGAUCGAAAACAAGAAUCAAGUGUGGAUAUUCAAGCUACAAAAGUUGAGCAGGUGCUACAAGCUUCACACAAAGGUUCAGGAGGAGAGAUAAAUGCAGGAGGCAAAGACUUUAAAGCCUCUCCAAAGAAACGCAAAGUGAGAGAGAGGCGGGUUCCUUCAACUCCAAUUGGACGCGUCAUGGGUUUUGCAGGAUUAGGAGCUGGACUUGCUUGGGGCACUUUCCAAGAGUCUGCGAGGAGAAUUUGGGGCGGUCAGGGAUCAACUGCUCCAGGACAAGCGAUGUUGUCUCCAUUUCUAACCGCGGACAAUGCCGAGCGCUUAGCCUUAGCUCUCUGCCGAAUGCGAGGAGCUGCAUUGAAAGUAGGUCAAAUGUUAAGCAUACAAGACGAGUCCAUCGUGCCGCGUCCUAUCUUGGAAGCUUUGGAGCGUGUCAGGCAAGGAGCGGAUGUCAUGCCGAAACGUCAGCUUAUGAAAGUGAUAGAAGCAGAACUCGGUCCUAAUUGGCAGGAUCGACUACAGUCGUUUGAUCCUGAGCCUAUUGCAUCGGCUAGCAUUGGACAGGUACAUAGAGCUAUAUUGAAGGAUGGGACUGUGGUUGCAAUGAAGAUUCAGUAUCCAGGCGUGGCUAACAGCAUUGACAGCGAUAUUGAAAAUGUCAGGCGCCUUCUAGACUACACCAAUGUCAUUCCCAAAGGGCUUUACCUGGACCAAGCCAUGCGGGUUGCAAAGGAUGAACUGGCCAGGGAAUGUGAUUACAAGCUAGAAGCAGCCAAUCAGAGGAGAUUUCGUGAGCUCUUGAAAAAUGAUGAGGCAUUUUAUGUACCGCGUGUGUACGAGGAGUUCUGCAAUACACGUGUGCUCACAACAGAACUUGUUCCUGGAGUACCUAUAGAUAAAGUAAAAGAGUUGGAUCAGAAUGUCCGGGAUCGAGUAGGUGCAGCAUUGCUCAGCCUAACAUUGCGGGAGCUUUUUGAAUUUCGGUUCAUGCAGACGGAUCCAAAUUGGGGCAAUUUUCUAUAUGACGAAGCCAAAGGCACUAUCAAUCUUAUUGACUUCGGGGCUGCUCGAGAAUAUCCUAGACGUUUUGUGGACAAUUACUUAAAGAUGAUUCUUGCUUGUGCUAACCAGGAUCGAGAGCAGGUGAUUAGGCAGUCUAUUCUUCUGGGGUUCUUGACAGGAAAGGAGUCAAGUGUUAUGAUUGAUGCUCAUGUGGAAGCUGCUUUUGUGGUCGGGUGGCCGUUUGUCAAGCCAGGAGGUUUUGACUUUCGCACGACGAACUUGACACAAGAAGUUACGAAGCUUGGUGCAACGAUGUUAAGGUACAGAUUGACAGCCCCACCAGAUGAGGCUUACAGUCUGCAUAGGAAACUUUCCGGCUCGUUUCUUGCUUGUGUCAAUUUAGGUGCUGUUGUCCACUGCAGGGAGAUGUUUCUGGAAGUGUAUGACAAUUACCAAUUCUCCCCCGAAGAUGAAGAUGCAACCAGCAUUAGACAGAGUUCUGGUUCUAAAUUCUAGCUUUUACUCUCUUGAUACACAUAAAAUUGUCAAUUAGUGGAUUUGCAUUUCAGAUGAUUUUUUUGUCAAUAGCACCCAGUUUCUUGCUUAGAGUCUUCUUCAAUUGGAGAUGGAGUCUUGCCAUUCUGGUAGUCUUACCAUGACGACUUACUUUUGAUGUACUUGAGAGUUAUUGCACCUAUUAGUGAUGAACCAACAAGAUAGCCAGAUUUCCAAUUAGGUUAUGGAGUGUUUUUCUACUGGUUCUCCUUAUUUCCCUAAUCCACGGCGUUAAUUUACAGUUCUUUCGUUAGACGAGGGCUGAUUUUUAGUUGGUGUCGCACAGUAAAUCAGCGUGCAUGAAAAACGCAUGCACAGUAAACUCAAGUUGAGCACCGUGACACUCCAAGUAGGUAGCAACUCUAUUGGAGCUUGAAGUAAUCAUUGCAAGUCAUGGCUUCGCAAUUAUCAUUAAAUAAACCUUAGCUUCCCUGGAAGCGGCCAGUUAUUCAU